AUGACGUUAGCAAGGACUUUUAUAAAGAAUAACCAAGCACAAACUGAUGUUAGUAUAGACUUUAUAAAGAAUAACCAAGCACAAAUUGAUGUUAGCAUAGACUUUAUAAAGAAUAACCAAGCACAAACUGAUGUUAGUAUAGACUUUAUAAAGAAUAACCAAGCACAAACUGAUGUUAGCAUAGACUUUAUAAAGAAUAACCAAGCACAAACUGAUGUUAGCAUAGACUUUAUAAAGAAUAACCAAGCACAAACUGAUGUUAGUAUAGACUUUAUAAAGAAUAACCAAGCACAAACUGAUGUUAGUAUAGACUUUAUAAAGAAUAACCAAGCACAAACUGAUAAUCUAACAGAGAAUGUCUCCAACAUCCUCAGGGAUUCCUCUUCUUUGUCCAACAUAAGCUCUUCUGAACUCAGAGUAGUUGUUAACUCUUUGUUGAACACUGUGGAAUCUUCUGCACUAACAUCUCUCAUACAAACUCCUCGGGAUGAGAAGUUCAAAACCGCAGAACUUGAGGUUCAGACAAAGGUAUCCAGGAACAGCUGCAUACCUGAAACUAACUUCAUGCAUUUGACCGUUGGAAACAGUACUAUGAACGUGUCAUGCCUUCUUUUGCCCAAUCAUACAGAUGGUGCCAUCUUUAUCUCAUACACAAACUUAGGAUCCCAUUUUAGUACAAAUAACCUUCAGAAUCAAAGUAACAUUGGUGAGUUUGAUGCCAAAGUGAUGAACUCACACGUGGUGACUGGAACCAUCACAAGCCAAAACAAGAUUAAUAUGAAUCCCCCAGUAACGUUCUACUUACAACACAUACAGGAACCUGAUCCCACUCUCACCCCUUUGUGUGUCUUCUGGGACCCUGACUUGCGAGCGUGGUCUCUCGAUGGUUGUGAAGUGGGAAAGACCAAUGUCAGCCACACUCUGUGCACCUGUUCCCACCUCUCAAGCUUUGCCAUUAUCUUGGCACACAGACCAAUCAAGGAAGAUUAUGGUUUGAUUCUGCUGUCUCGCAUUGGCCUGAGCAUAUCUCUUGUCUGCCUGCUCCUGUCUAUCCUCACGUUCCUCCUGUGCCGUUCCAUACGAAGCGCACACACCUCCAUUCUGACUGUAUUGUGCGGGUGUCUUUUUCUGGGACAGCUUCUUAUUCUUGUAGGUCUGAAGCAAACCUCAAAUAAGAUUCUUUGUUCAGUGAUUGCCGGCAGCCUUCACUUCCUACUUCUCUGUGCUUUUUGCUGGAUGUCUCUCGAGAGUAUUCUUCUCUUCUUCACCAUACGGAACCUGAGUGCUGUGAAUUAUCUGACAUCUCAACGAUCUCAUUUCCCUUUUGUCUGUAUGCUUGGAUUUGGGGUACCUGUUAUUAUUGUCUCUAACUCUAUUGGAAUGCGAUGGAAGGAAUACGGAACUGAUGAACAUUGCUGGCUAAGUCUGAAUGCUAUUUGGAGUUUCCUAGGGCCGGUCUGUGUGUUCAUAUCAAUGAACACCAUUCUCUUAAUCCUUACAUUCUUACUCCUGCGGGCGAAGCUUGCAUCUCUGAAUACAAAUGUUUCAACCCUUAAGGACACUCGGUUGUUAACAGUUAAGGCCUUUGCACAACUGUUUAUCAUGGGAAGUGCUUGGAUCUUUGGAUUUUUCCAGAUUGGAAGAGCAUCCUUGAUUUUCUCUUACCUCUUCACGGGCCUCAACAGCUUGCAGGGAGCAUUCAUCUUCCUUGUGCAUUGUCUGCUCAACCGCCAGGUGAGGGAGGAAUACCACAGAAUUUUCCGCAGAUUUUAUAAGCACAAGGUCACUUCAGAUGGUGCAUCAAGCGGCACGUUUCCCAUGACGGCUAAAUCUGUGAGUGCCACCUACCCAUAUACUAUGACCAGGCUUCCAGCAGUCUGA